ACUGCGAUGUCAGUGGAUUGCCUGGGACAGCAUGCAGUACUCUCGGGCCGCCGUUUCCUCUACAUAGUCAACCUGGAUGCACCAAAUGAGGGUCAUCGAAAGAUCUCCCGACAGAGCAAGUGGGACAUCGGGGCUGUGCAGUGGAACCCACACGACAGCUACGCGUACUACUUUGCAGCGUCGAGCAACCAGCGAGUUGACCUAUAUAAGUGGAAGGAAGGUAAUGGUGAAGUUUGCACAUCGCUGCAAGGACACACACGUGUGAUCAGCGACUUGGACUGGGCAGUGUUUGAGCCAGACCUGCUGGUCACCAGUUCUGUUGACACAUACAUCUACAUCUGGGACAUCAAAGACACCAGGAAGCCUACAGUCUCCCUCUCUGCAGUCGCUGGAGCUUCCCAGGUUAAAUGGAACAAGAAAAAUGCCAACUGUUUAGCAACAAGCCACGAUGGGGAUGUCCGAAUAUGGGACAAAAGGAAACCCAGCACUGCAGUAGAGUACUUGGCAGCUCAUCUCUCUAAAAUCCACGGUCUGGAUUGGCAUCCUGACAAUGAGUAUACGUUGGCCACUUCCAGCCAGGACAACUCUGUCAGGUUCUGGGAUUACCGUCAGCCUCGGAAAUACCUCAAUAUCCUUCCCUGCCAGGUUCCCGUCUGGAAGGCAAGAUACACACCUUUCAGCAAUGGUCUGGUGACAGUGAUGGUCCCUCAGCUCCGGCGAGAGAACAGUCUCCUUCUCUGGAACGUCUUUGACUUGAACACGCCUGUCCACACUUUUGUGGGACAUGAUGACGUGGUGCUGGAGUUUCAGUGGAGAAAGCAGAAAGAAGGUUCUAAAGACUACCAGCUGGUUACAUGGUCCCGUGAUCAGACUCUGCGGAUGUGGCGGAUUGACUCUCAGCUGCAGAGGCUGUGCACUAACGAUAUCCUGGAUGGAGUCGAGGACCUCAUUGAUGGGAUUUCUCAUCUGCCAGAGCCAGACAAGACCCUUCACCCCCAGGACUCUGAGCCCCAGCAUAACUCUGGGCAUGGGGAUGAGGAAGCCUUAAAAGAAGAUUUCCUGAAUGACCCCCUGGUGGGAAAGAAAACGGACCAGCUUGGGCUACCUCAGACACUGCAGCAGGAGUUUUCACUAAUCAAUGUGCAGAUCCGAAAUGUCAACGUGGAGAUGGAUGCGGUGAGUCGUAGCUGUACGGUCUCAGUGCACUGCGGCAACCACAGAGUCAGGAUGCUGGUGAUGUUCCCUGUCCAGUAUCCCAAUAACGCUGCACCGUCCUUCCAGUUCAUCAAUCCGACCUCAAUCACUGCCUCCAUGAAGGCAAAGCUGCUGAAGAUAUUGAAAGACACGUCUCUGCAGAAAGUGAAGCGGAACCAGAGCUGCCUGGAGCCCUGCCUGCGUCAGUUGGUUUCCUGGCUGGAGUCUGUUGUGAACCAAGAGGACAGCACUUCCAGCAAUCCCUACGCUUUGUCAAACUCCGUAACACCCCCCUUGCCCACGUUCGCCCGGGUCUCCAAUGCCUAUGGCUCCUACCAGGACUCUAACAUCCCAUUUCCACGGACCUCUGGAGCCAGGUUCUGUGGUGCAGGGUACCUGGUGUAUUUCACAAGACCCAUGACCAUGCACCGUGCAGUGUCCCCAACGGAACCCACACCCAGGUCCCUGUCAGCUUUAUCAGCGUACCAUAGUGGCCUCAUUACUCCAAUGAAGAUCCGCACAGAGACUCCAGGCAAUCUGCGCUUGUACAGUGGGAGUCCAACACGCAGCGAGAAGGAGCAGGUCUCCAUUAGCUCCUUCUACUACAAAGAGAGGAAAUCAAGGAGGUGGAAAAGCAAACGAGAAGGGACAGAUGCCAACAACCGACCCAUCAAAGCCGCCGGGAAAGUUAUUAUCCAAGAUAUUUCCUGCUUGCUGCCUGUCCACAAGCUGCUAGGAGAGCUCUACAUACUGAAUGUGAAUAAUAUCCAGGAGACUUGCCAGAAGAAUGCUGCCUCAGCCUUGGCUGUGGGACGGAGGGAUCUCGUACAGGUUUGGUCACUGGCCAUGGUAGCCACUGAUCUCUGUCUUGGACCGAAGUCUGACCCAGAUUUGGAGAUACCUUGGGCACAACAUCCAUUUGGACGUCAAUUACUGGAGUCCUUGCUGGCUCAUUACUCGCAGCUCCAUGAUGUGCAGACCCUGGCCAUGCUGUGCAGUGUGUUUGAAGCCCAAUCCAGGCUACAGGGAUGCCCAAACUCCUAUGGCCCUUUUCCUCAGCGUGCCUCCAACCUGGCCUCCCACAGCCGAUAUCCGAGCUUUACUUCCUCUGGCUCCUGUUCCAGCAUGUCAGAUCCUGGACUUGGCACCGGAGGCUGGAGCAUAGCAAACAAAGACACGGAGCAGGCCUCCACUCCCUGGUGCGAGUCUUCUCCGGAUGACUUCCGCUACGGAAACCUAAUGUAUCCUGAUCAUCGGGAGCGUGAGAAAGACCAGCAUGAGAAGAACAAAAGGCUCCUGGAUCCUGCCAACACUCAGCAAUUUGAUGACUUUAAGAAGUGCUAUGGAGAAAUCCUUUAUCGCUGGGGCCUGCGAGAGAAGCGGGCUGAGGUUCUGAAGUUUGUCUCUUGUCCUCCUGAUCCCCACAAAGGAAUUGAGUUCGGCGUGUACUGCAGCCACUGCCGCAGCGAGGUGCGUGGCACCCAGUGUGCCAUCUGCAAGGGCUUCACCUUCCAGUGUGCUAUCUGUCACGUGGCAGUGCGAGGCUCCUCUAAUUUCUGCCUGACCUGCGGACACGGAGGCCACACCAGCCAUAUGAUGGAGUGGUUUCGCACCCAGGAGGUGUGUCCGACAGGCUGUGGAUGCCACUGCCUGCUCGAGAGCACCUUCUGAGCAGUGGUGACAGCAGGUUGCCCGUGAACUGGAU